AUGGGUGAUGUUGAAAAAGGCAAGAUCUUUAUUCAGAAAUGUUCUCAGUGCCACACAGUUGAAAAAGAUGGAAAGCACAAGACAGGACCAAAUCUUUGGGGUUUAUUUGGCCUCAGAUCAGGACAAGCUGCAGGAUUUUCUUACUCAGAUGCAAACAAGAACAAAAGAGUUGACUGGAGAGAGAAUACACUGAUGGAGUAUUUGGGGAACCCUAAGAAAUAAAUUCCUGGUACAAAAGUGAUUUUUGCUGGAAUUAAAAAGCAGAAUGAAAGGGCUGAUCUUAUUGCAUACUUCAAAAAAGCAACUUCAUGA